CAAUAGGUGGCACUAGUGCAUUAGCCUGGAUGUCAAUGCGGACGCCUAUGAUGCUGACAGCUCGAAACCUAUUACUUUUUCAUUUAAGACAUGUUUUACCGUAGGCUAAACUGACAUGCAUACCUUUAAAAAAAAGCUUGAUUGCCAUUACUCACUGGUUUUAAAGAGAUAAUUUAGGGAUAAAUUGCACACAUUAGGCCUAUUUAUUAUGCGCACUGAUAUUCUGCGGCAGGUUCACGUAGAUACAACAUCAAAGGCUUUAUUGCGGUAUACACACCAUCAGCAGCAUCGCCUUGCAAAUGUCAAGGCGUUGCAGAAAGAGGAAGAUCAAGUUAGCUACACGACACACGCAGUCAAGUGCUAACAAGUUCCCACAAGUGCCUCACGGAGAGGUUUCAGUCGCCACGGGUUUCCAAAGAAGACAGUUGCGCGCAAAGGGACAUCAUGAAGGAUCAAAGCUGUACUGAUGAAAUUACACAAAUCUUCCAAGAGGCUCCGUCGGCGAGACAAGCCCUGUUGGACAACUAUGACAACCUGAUGAAGGUGGCUGAAUACUGCGAGAGCAACUACCUACAGGCAGGUGCGGAUGCGGUCAAGGCCCUGGAGGAGACGAAGAACUUCACCACCCAGUCUCUGGCCAGUGUGGCUUACCAGAUCAGCACCCUGGCCUCCAACGUCCUCAAGCUGCUGGACACACAGAACUCCCAGCUCAGACACAUGGAGUCUUCUGUCAACCUCAUCGGACAGACAGUGGACAUGCACAGAGAGAAGGUGGCCCGGAGAGAGAUAGGGGCUUUCACCACAGCCAAGAGGGUUCCCCGCAGUCACAAAAUAAUCCCCCCGGUAACAGGCAAGGAGCCCAAACCCAAGUACGUCCGUAGUCCCAUCACCUACUCGGACCUGGACACACUGGGACAUGGCAUGAAGGAUUCUGGUAAGCUGAUGGGGAAAGCAGGGUCAUCAAAACGCAAACAUGGCGGCACCAUCAGGAGCAGUUCCAGGGCACCCCCAGAGCCUGUCCUGUGUCCCAUAGCCCCCUCUCUGUCUCGAGGGGCGUCCCUCACCUCUCUCAAUGAUCGCUCCAUUGGGUCCAGCUUCGGCAAGGCCGUGCCUCCCCCCGUGGUCCCCAGCUGGCCCGCGUCACCUUCCUCUGACAUCAUCACCACCCUGCUGGAGGAGGCCCCGCCCCCACCACCGCCCCUGUCUCUGAUGGAGGAUGGUGACGCCGCCAUGACAGCUGUGGCCCCUCCUCCUCCUCCCAUGGCGCCUCCUGCCUCCUCUCUGGAUGUCCCUCCUCCCCCUCCUCUGCCUCCCAUCACCCCUGAACCUGCCCAUACCAGCCUAGCCUGCAUCCCCCCUCCCCCUGCCCCACCCCCACUGGAGACCGUGGCUGAAGAGAACGGCUUCCCGCCCCCAAUGCCACCACCAUCUGACGAGCCUCUCCCUCCACCAGCCAGUGAGGGCCUGGAGCUCCCUGACCCGCCCCCUCCGCCGAGUGAUGAAGUGGACGAAGCUCUGCAGCCCAGGCGGUCUCGUGUACGUCGUCACCCCCCCAGCUCGCGCUCCAUGUCCCUCAGGGUCCGCACGGGCCCUAGCACUCGCUCACUCUACACUCGCUCGCUCUUCCUGCCAACCAUCCAAUCACUCAUGAUCCCUCCUCCCCCUUCAUACCCUCCUCCUCUCGCCCCUCCCGUGUCGCUGAGCCCCCUGUCCAGCCUGCCCGCCCGCCUGGAUCACCUGGAUCUGAUGAUCCCAGCCCCGCCUCCUUCACCUUUUACCGACAGCGUGGGUGGCUUUGAUGACGCCAUGCCACCCCUACCUCCCCCUGCUGAUUAUGACACGACUGGCCCUACGGACUUCUUAGAGAAAGUGGUGGCGCUGUACAGCUACAACUCAGGGAAUCCUGGAGACCUGGUGUUCCAGGAGGGAGAAGUCAUCUACCUGAUCAAGAGGAAUGAAGACGGCUGGUGUGAGGGACUGCUCAACGGAGUCGAGGGAUUCUUCCCUGGGAACUACGUAGAUUCCCUCACCAACUAAGAUAUUCGGCCACUUGAAGGUAGACUCAGCGAUAGGACGUGUGUGCAGGAAGUGAACCGCAAAGGGGGUCAAUUUCCGCUACAACUAAGCGUUUUGAAGCCCCGAGGCUCAACUUGUCCUGUGUUUUGGUCUUGUGGCUACCAUAUUGUAAAAGCGUGAGGCGAACCCGUGCACAUGCGCAGAUACUGUGUGUGUGAGAGCGUGAGAGCGGAGUCGUGCGUCUCGCUUAGCGCAACAUCUGCGGUGCUGCUCGUGGCAAUGUCAUUUCGCUUAGUCCACCUUUAAUAUGAAGAGGGGAAAGUCUGCUCUGUCCACAAACAACCCCUAACCCUAUACCCUAGGUCUACCUAGGCACUUUAUGUUGAUCAGGAAGAAUUGGACGGGUGUAAACGUACCUAUUCACAUCAUUGGUACAAGCAAUAACUAUUGUAGCUUUACCUGUCCCUUUUGAUUGGCCAGAUGGAAUUUCAAUCAUAUUGCCUGUCCGGUAUAGAGUUUCAGGCUAGUGGUUGUUGGGUUGUUUCUUGAUGGGGAUGUAGUCAACUGUAGAAAGACCUCUACUGACCCCUACAGGUCAUGCAUAGUAAUAUGAAUGGAAAUAAGGCACUAUUUACACUUGGAAUGAUGACAGGACUCUGAAAUAUAGCCACCAUAUGGCGCGAGUGGCUAGCUAUAUAUUACCAAGAGGGUCACUAGAUAGGACGACUUAAUAUCUGCUAUCUUUCAACCAAGACUAGAUCAAAUAUAGAAAAUCAGCUUGCUUAUUAACCACGAAGGUAGUGAAUACUUGGGAAAUGCUUUGCAAGUUAUACAAUGGCUCUAUGUCCCGUUCAGUGUUGUUUUACAAGUACUGUAGUACCAGUAUAUGAGCUAGUUUGGCUUUACUGUUGUGCUCAUUAGGACAAGCCGUGAACACUGUAUAAUGAUGUGGUAAAGUUGCUUCCUUUUUAUGUCAAUGGGACCAGCCACUGUUUGCUGCUGCAGUUUUUGGCUCUGCAGGAUGAUAUUGGUCACUUAAUUCGACUUGCACUAAUAUAUUUUGUAAUAUUCAAACUCAGAUGAAAUAAUAUAUGGAUUAUAGAGACAAUUAUAGGAGAAAAUAUUUGUAUGAAUUUCUGUUUACGAGGUGAAAAUAUUUGACUGGUAGUGAUGUCAUGAGAUUGAAAAAAUGUAAAAGUGAUUUUAAACUUGUUAAUGUUGUCAGUUAGUUUCCUUUUGAUACUUAGUAUAUCCUUUUAAGGUUGAACAAUGUUUCGUUUCCAUGUCUUUCAAUAAAUGCUUAGCUUUUCCAAAUAAA